UUUCACCGAUUCUCAAUGAAAAGAAUUCCUCAUGUGCGCGUAUAAGUAGAUUAUUAUUAAGUUUCUGAUAUAUUUAAUGUAAUAGAAGUAAUCUAAGCGUGUCUAAGAUUGUCUGUAGGAUAAGCACUUACUUAAUAACAAUCAAUAUAGGAUACGAACUAAUUCCACCCAUAAUUACACAGUUCGCCCAAAUAGAGAUCUGCGUCUAUAUCGCAAUAUGGCCGUCCUGUAAUGAUUUGGUGGUCAGUGAUAUUAUUGUGAUUUCAUCAAUUCUGAAAUAUCAAAAUGGAACUUCGAGUUGGUAAUAAGUACCGACUGGGUCGUAAAAUCGGCUCAGGCUCUUUCGGGGAUAUUUAUCUUGGAACGAAUAUUGUGACCAAAGAGGAGGUAGCUAUUAAAUUAGAAUGCAUAAAAACACGACAUCCCCAGUUACACAUAGAGAGCAAAUUUUAUAAGCUAAUGCAAGGAGGGCUUGGCAUUCCUGCAAUAAAAUGGUGUGGGUCUGAAGGUGACUACAAUGUAAUGGUAAUGGAAUUGCUUGGUCCCUCCUUGGAAGAUCUGUUCAAUUUCUGUUCGCGACGUUUUUCCCUGAAGACUGUGCUUAUCCUUGCUGAUCAGCUCAUCACUCGCAUUGAAGACAUACAUUACAGGAACUUCAUCCAUAGAGAUAUCAAACCAGAUAACUUUCUUAUGGGUUUAGGUAAAAAAGGGAAUUUAGUAUACAUUAUAGAUUUUGGCUUAGCAAAGAAGUACAAGGAUCCUCGUACUAUGCAACAUAUUCCAUACAGAGAAAACAAAAACUUAACAGGUACGGCAAGAUAUGCUUCGAUUAACACACAUUUAGGCAUAGAACAAUCGCGCCGUGAUGACCUAGAGUCACUUGGAUAUGUGCUAAUGUACUUCAACCGUGGUAGUCUCCCAUGGCAGGGUCUCAAGGCUGCUACUAAACGUCAAAAAUAUGAGAGAAUAUCAGAAAAAAAACUUUCGACACCAUUUGAUGAACUUUGUAAAAACCAUCCGAUUGAGUUCCAACUGUAUCUCAAGUACUGCCGACGGCUGCGUUUUGAGGAGCGGCCCGACUACAGUCACCUCCGACAACUAUUCCGUACCCUCUUUCAUCGACAAGGUUUCACCUACGACUACAUGUUUGACUGGAAUAUGCUCAAGUUUGGAGGACCACGAGGUAACUACCAAUCAGGUGGCAAUGACCGUACCACUAUUAGACGCCAUGAACAAAAUCAGGAACAGGAAACUACGGCUGGUGCGGCGGGUCAACCCAGUACGACGGUUGCAGCAAUCUCGGAGUGGCGGUGAGGGGCCUCACCCUCCGUGCAUUAAAAUAACACCAACAUUCUGAAGCCCUGUUAGUAUUGUGACCCGCAUGUUAUGUUCUCCCGAACAGACAUUACAGACUCGGCACAUCCACAUAUGACGAGUGUAUUUACUAUCCAAUUGAAUUGACACGAGCGCGAACGCUUCCCGAUGUUCGUACGUGACGGCACGGAAUGCUAAUCUGUAUUAAAGAAAACGAUUUUGUACGCAUUCAUGUUAACGUUCAUAUAUUGUAAAUUAUUUAAUUUUAGAAUAAGUAAGGUAAUGAGUGGGCCGUGGACUAAAUGAAAUAGAACGUUUUAUUGUGACUCAUUGGAGUAAUAAAUAGGCCUACCCAUGCAUCCGUUGUACCUUUAUGCUCAGUUAUAUUUAGAUGUAAGAGUAUUACAAAAUACUGACAAAAACUAUCUACUUAAUCAAUGAGACAAUUGGGAUGUAUUUUUUUAUUUUUAAAAUAGAUUAAAUUGUGAUUAUAAUAGAGAUAAUUAAAAGAAUAUUCUAUGUUUGUUUCUUUUAUCUACAGUGAAUCAUUUCCUUAAGGGAAUUGCAAUUACAAUUUUACAGCUUCUAAGCUAGAAAUCAUAGAGUAUUUACAUAACUGAUGACUAACGAAAUAAAAUAUUAUUUGUGUAAAUACUAUGACUUAAAAGAGUGCAAUAUAUAAUUUCUUUAUUUUUUGUCACAUAAUAUUUUUUUGUCUUCCAAGUUUAAUAGUAUUUUGCACAUUCAUCAAAUUUAAGAAUUUGUAACUUACAAACUUUUUCAUGUAUGACCUACUAGGUCUGUCAAACCACUGCCAUAGUUUUAACUAGAUAAAUUUUCAAAUUGUUCUAGUAUCUUAGAAAUUCAAUUGGUUAGGCCUGAAUGAAUAUAAUGUAGUGUUAAAACAUUUAUUCCAGAAGUGUAUCCCUUUUUAAAUGAAGCUCUCUCCAAACAGUUGUUAGGUCAAUACUUUAAAUCUUGUGUUUCUUUCCUUUUUGUGUACAAAACUAUGAUCUCAAUUAUAUUUUACCAAAUUUCUCCUUUUGCUUUGUAUUCUAAACAAAUUACAUGUAAUAUAAUUGGUUACCAUUGCUGUAUCCCAUUUUACUACAAUAUUAAUUGUAGUAUUAAAUUAUUAUAUUUCCUAUUUAGCAAAGAUUUCACCACAAGUAACAGGAAAAUGUUAUAAUUUACUGUUAACAUGUGUAAUUAGUUACUGAAGUUUGUAAAUAUUAAUUAAUUCAUAAGUGCUGUGCACUGUAUUAUGAAUUUCUCAGUAGUUGAUGAGUGGCGUAUUGUUUGUACCUUUUAAAUACAGAAAUGAUUAUAAAUUGUAAUGGACCACCUUUCUCUUAAUAUGACUGAGAAUUAGGUUCAAUAUUGUGUAAAUAUUUUAGUUUCGUUUGAGGGUUGUAUUGCAAAUCUUAUAAGAUUAUUAUUAUCCUGUCAGAAAUAAGAUUUUAGUUUUUAUUUCAAUAUUUUUAAUACUUAAAAAUGAUUUGAAUAUUGAUGUAAGAAAUGUAGUUAUUCUGAAUCUUAUCUUAUUAUUUGGGGCUCAUGUUAUUGACUGCACAUUAUGAUUACUUUAAUACAAUUGUAAUACAUAAUUUGCUAGUCUCAACAGGGUAUACAAUAGCAUUUUUUAAAUAAUAACAAUUAAUGAAGCAACAAUAUUUCUUUGUAUACAGAUAGAUUAGAUAUCAGAAUAUGUUUUGAGUCCACUCGAGUGUUCUUGUUAUUUUCAUACAAACAUUUACCAUAUACAUAAUACAUUUUAACUAUAUAUACUUCUGUUAUUGUGAAUAACGUUGAUUAGAUGCAUUAUGUUGAGAUUGUGUUCAUAUGCUUGAGAACGGCAGUGUUGUCUUGAACCGCUAUAAGCGACGGCGAUGAGAGCAAUGAUUGAGCAGUUAUGUGCGGCGACUGUGCAGUGG